AUGUACAUUUCAUUUAGAAUAGAUGACAGAAUUAAUCUUUACAUAGUUGAAUAAGAGUUUAUCAAUCCAUUUUGCAAUUUAGAGAAAACUACUACAAUAGAUUAGAUAGAGAAUACAUUAGAAAUGUUAAAAUAAAAUAAUAUAUGUGCAAUAAUAAAUUGUAUAGAUAAUGAUUAGUCAAUGAAAGCAUAUGGAAUACAUUACUUAAACAUACAUAUUAACUUAUAGGAUUAAUUAGAAUCUUCAAGAUUAUUUUUGCAUGUAAUAAUAUUAUCUAAAAAGAGUUUUGGACUAAAAUAAAAAAAUGUUCAGUUGCUAUCUAUUGUGAUAGUAGUAUGCAGAAGAGUAUUAAAGUUCUUAAAAACUAUUUGAAGCAUCUUUUCAAUUGGGAUGAAGAACGUGUUUAAAAAGUAUUAUAGAAUAUAUAUUAGGAAAUAUAAGAGCAAAAUAUGUUGAAUGAAAAUAAAUGUAAUUUAUAGAAAGAAAUUGCAUAAAAUAGUAAAAGAUAAUAAUAGGAGAGAAAAUCAGGCAUUAAAAUUGAGGAAAUUGAAAACAAGAAUUUAAAGAAUUAGAUUAAUUGGAAUAAAAUAUAUGGAUCAGAAGAAAUAGAAAGCGAUUAGCCAAUCUAAUAAGCUAUAAAGAUUUAAUCAAGAUUCAUUCAGAAUUAAAUACUAAAAAACUAAUGAUA